GCCCUCCUCUGGCGGCUCCCACGGCACGGCCACUGGCAGAGGCACAACGGCUGCAGCGGUUGCUGGCCCCGCAGCGAUGCCCAGGGAGGCUGGAGAAGACACUGCGGUGAAGUCAGACACCUCCUCCCCCAGGGAGCCCAUCGACCUCAAUGGCAACGACCUGGCAGAGAUCAACCUGCACUCGGUGGAGUCCAUCAGCGACCUGUACUGGGUGUCUGGUGGCCACAAGGCUGCGGAGGGGAACAGCCCGUCUCAGUCUACCACCCCACAGACCCCUCAGGCCCACUCCACCAAGCGCCGUGUGGCUGGAUCAGCCCUCCUGCCGACAUUGCGAGCCGUCCGCACCACCCCCAUCUGCCCCUGCUUCCACCCUGCCUGCUGCCGCACAGCCCUCUUCGGCCUCCUCGGGGCCCUGGUGCUGGCCAGCCUUGCCCUCGCCACGCUGGCUGUGUACCUGAGUGUGCUGCAGAGCGAGUCGCUGCGGGUCCUGUCCCAGUGGCUAGAGGCCCAGGAGGAGUCUGUGCGGCAGAUGAGGGCCACAAGCCUGCAGCUAUGGAAGCGGUUGAAUAUCAGUGAGGCCGGGGACCAGAUGUGAGUCACCCUGCCCAGCCUGCUGCUUUCUCUGAUGGGGCACUGCCUCCUGCACCCCAGGACAAGGAGACAGCACCCCCUCUCUGCAGGGAACAUGGACUGACCAGAGACCAGGCUCUCUGGGGCCAGGCCGAGCACUCCUGGCCUUGGGGGGCCUGUGCUGGAGUACUGGGGUCUGGUUCAGCAGCAAGCAGCUAGCAAUAGACUAAGGGCAGGGAGUAGUGAGGAGAAUCCCCAUGCUUACUCCCCCCCCCCCACCAGCACCCUAUUUAUUAUCCUCUCCAGUCACACCUUAUUUAUAACCCUUCCCCCUCUAACAGGAGCUUCCCCCCCACUAUUUAUCCUUUCUUAAUCUGCUGGGAGAGCAAUACCAUGGUGCACAGACAAUCCAGGAACUUUUUGGAAAGUGUAGGGGACAAUUUCCUGGUGCAAGUGCUGGAGGAACCAAGUAGGGGCAGAGCUCUUCUAGACCUGCUGCUCACAGACCAGGAAGAAUUAGUAAGGAAAGCAAAAGUGGAUGGGGACCUAGGAGGCACUGACCAUGAGAUGGUCGAGUUCAGGAUCCUGACACAAGGAAGAAGGGAGAGCAGCAGAAUACAGACCCUAGACUUCAGAAAAGCAGACUUUGACUCCCUCAGGGAACUGAUGGGUAGAAGCCCCUGGGAGAAUAACAUGAGGGGGAAAGGAGUCCAGAAAGCUGACUGUAUUUUAAAGAAUCCUUAUUGAGGUUGCAGGAAAAAAACAUCCCGAUGCGUAGAAAGAAUAGUAAAUAUGGCAGGCGACCAGCUUGGCUAAACAGUGAAAUCCUUGCUGAUCUUGAACGCAAAAAAGAAGCUUACAAGAAGUGGAAGAUUGGACAAAUGACCAGGGAGGAGUACAAAAAUAUUGCUCAGGCAUGCAGGAGUAAAAUCAGGAAGGCCAAAUCACACUUGGAGUUGCAGCUAGCAAGAGAUGUUAAGAGUAACAAGAAGGGUUUCUUCAGGUAUGUUUGCAACAAGGAGAAAGUCAAGGAAAGUGUGGGCCCCUUACUGAAUGAGGGAGGCAACCUAGUGACCGAGGAUGUGGAAAAAGCUAAUGUACUCACUGCUUUUUUUGCCUCUGUCUUCAUGAACAAGGUCAGCUCCCAGAUUGCUGAACUGGGCAGCACAGUAUGGGGAGAAGGUGACCAGCCCUCUGUGGAGAAAGAAGUGGUUCGGGACUAUUUAGAA